CGAUAAGCUUAACCAAACCGAGCCAUUUUUUUUAUCUUUCUUUUGUGAUGGAUUGGCCACAGAAUACAGACAUCCAAGUCCUCUGUUCGCAAAAAACCGCAGCCUUGACUCGAUUUUUCGCGCUAUUUUUGGGCACAUGACCACAGCAUGAGCGAUAUGCCAGCAAAGAGCUCUCGAUAAAAAUGAUGUUCUCAAUAGACGGCCGAUAUUGGACAAGCGUCCGUCACUAAACCCGCUUGAUGCUGAACUUUUUGGCUUUACUGUAUCACAGGUAUACCGACUUCUAUGCUAUACAACGCUGUCAUUAACUGUGGCUAACGCAUUGAAUCUGCUGGUAGAAUGGCCCGGAGCACUGCAGUAUUUUCUCGCUUGGUCAAGACCUUUAUUCGAUCCAACUGCAAAUCACCAGUAACUCCGCGGGCCGACGGCAGCGCUAAAAAAGUUUGCCUGUGUCUUCUGUCAAUACUGUUGCUUGUCAUUGUCUCUUUUUUAUUUGCCGGUUCAUUUACUGAUAGAGGAGCGAAGAGCGAAAGAGUGCCCGGCGCAAUUUUUACAUAGUCCGCCAUCUUGUUUGUUUUCGCUGUCGCCAAGCCAGCAUCGACGACGACGGGUGACCAGUUUUGAGGCCGUGCGGAUUUUGUGACGGUGAUGCUGCCCAGAUGAACAAUAAGGAUGCACAUCAAACAGAUCAUCAUCCAGGGCUUCCGAUCCUACAAGGAGCAGACGGUAACGGAGCCUUUCAGCGCGGGCCACAACGUCGUCGUAGGGCGUAACGGGUCAGGCAAGUCCAACUUUUUUUACGCCAUCCAGUUCGUGCUCAGCGAUGAGUACGCACACAUGCGCCCAGAACAGCGGCAAGCGCUGCUUCACGAAGGCACUGGGCCUCGCGCUCUAUCAGCGUACGUCGAAAUUAUUUUCGAUAACUCGGAUGGACGUCUGCCCGUAGACUCAGAGGAGGUGGCGAUCCGUCGUGUGAUCGGCGCCAAAAAGGACCAAUACUUUCUUAACAAGAAAAUGGUUACCCGCACCGACGUCAUGAACCUCCUCGAGAGCGCAGGAUUUUCGCGCUCCAACCCUUACUACAUCGUGAAACAGGGAAAGAUCAACCAGAUGGCGACGGCCCCCGAUUCGCAGCGGUUGAAGCUCCUUCGGGAGGUCGCGGGGACCCGCGUGUACGACGAGAGGAGAGAAGAGUCCAAGCAGCUGAUUAAGGAUACCGACGCGAAGAAAGAGAAGAUAGAAGACCUCCUCAAGUAUAUUGAGGAGCGGCUGGCCACGCUCGAGGAGGAGAAGGAAGAGCUCAAAGAGUACCAGAAGUGGGACAAAAUGCGGCGUUCGCUCGAGUACACCAUUUACGAUCACGAAUUGAAGGACACCAAAAAAAAGCUCGAAGAGCUGGAGACCCGUCGAGAGUCUAGUAGCUCCGUUACCGAGAAGCUCCGCGAGAAUCUACAGAGUGCAGCGGAAAAGAUCAAAAAGCUGAGCAAGGAACUCCGCGAUAUUCGUCAGAAAGUAGCGGGCAACAGAGAGGAAAAGGAAACAUUGUCCUCUGAGAACUCUGGCAUCCUCAAGGAGAAAACGCGACUGGAGCUCACCAUCAAAGAUCUCAAAGAUGAGGUAGAGGGUGAUGACAGCUCGCGCAAGCGGGCCGAGCGAGAGCUGGCCAAGCUGAAGGACACGAUCGCGGCAAAGCAGACAAAGCUGGACGAGAUCCGCCCUCAAUACGAGGUGAUGAAGAAAAAAGAAGAGGAGUGCACGCGGGAACUCAGUCUCAAGGAACAGAAGCGAACUGAGUUGUAUGCCAAACAAGGCAGAGGGUCGCAGUUCACCUCGAAAGCCGAACGGGACAAGUGGAUCCAGAAGGAGCUGAAAUCGCUGCAGAAGGCCAUUCGUGACAAGCGUGAGCAGAUCGAUAGGCUUCAGGAUGAGGCUCAGAGGGACGCCGCUAAGAAAGUAAUGCUCGAGAAGAAAGUGGAUGAACUUACAAAGGAGCUGGAAAACCACCGGGAUAACAUCGACGGACAGAACAAAAGCUACUACGAUAUGAAGAAAAGGAAGGACACAUUACAGACGGAGCGAAAUGAGCUUUGGCGCCACGAAAACCAGUUACAGCAAUCCUUGGCCGGCCUUAAGGAGGAGAUGCAAAAAAAGGAUCAAGGCCUUAGAUCGAUGACUGGGAAGGCAACAUUAAACGGACGUGACUCGGUACGCAAAAUUUUACAGACGUUUCGAGAACGGGGCGGCCAAUUCAGGCAGAUAGCCGAGCAAUAUUAUGGUAUGCUAAUUGAAAAUUUCGAUUGUGACAAGACCAUCUACACAGCUGUUGAGGUGACGUCAGGCAACAAGCUAUUCUACCAUAUCGUUGAGAAUGAUCGAAUCGGCACAAAGAUCUUGCAAGAAAUGAACAAACAGGGCCUUCCAGGAGAGGUGACCUUCAUGCCGUUGAACCGGCUGGUGUACCGUGAACAGGAUUAUCCAGAGAGCAACGACGCAAUCCCCAUGAUUUCGAAGCUUAAGUUCGAGCCGCGCUUUGAACGCGCCAUGAAGUACAUCUAUGGCAAAACGCUAAUAUGUCGCAACCUCGAGGUGGCCACACAGAUUGCAAGGACCUCGCAGCUGGACUGCAUCACCCUGGACGGUGACCAGGUAUCACAUAAGGGUGCGUUAACGGGUGGCUAUUUUGAUACGCGCCGGUCCCGUUUGGAUCUGCACAAAGGACAUGCGACAGUGUCGAAAGAGAUCAAAGAUGUUGAACGGCAACUUUCCGAGCACAAGGAAAAGCUACAGCGGAUCGAGAGUGAGAUCAAUCAGGUUGUGGCUGAUAUGCAACGUACCGAAACGAAGAACUCAAAAAAUAAAGACGUAUUCGACAAGCUUAAAGCCGAUAUCCGGUUGAUGAAAGAUGAACUCUCAGCACUUGAGCGGUCCAAACAGCCGAAGGAACGGUCUCUUGCAUCGUUGGACUCGUCGCUCAAAUCUAUGCAGUCUACAGAGCAAAGCCUCCGUUCCGAACUUCAACAAGAACUGCUAACCCAGUUAAGCGCCGCUGACCAAAACGAGGUCGACACUCUUAACGACGACAUCCGACGGCUAACGCAACAAAAUAAAGAGGCAUUCUCGGAAAGGAUGAGGCUUGAAGCGGAAAAGAAUAAACUUGAGAAUCUUCUUAACAAUAAUCUCUACCGGCGGAAAGAGGAACUUGAAGCUGCGUUACAAGAGAUAUCGGUAGAGGACCGACGGAGAAAGUUGGAGAAUUGUCAAGCGGAGCUAACCACUGUAAAUUCUCGGAUUGAAGACGUGCUCAGACAGAUGCAUGGCCUCGAAAAGCAGUUGGAAACAAGUUUAAAGGAACAGAAGGAAGUGGCCACUCAAUUGGAACACUGGAAAGGCCAAGAGCGAGAUUGGCAGGAUCGGAUCAACGACGAUGCGAAGGAUCUUGAGAAAAUGAGCAGUCGGCAGAGUGUCUUGCUUAAAAAGAAGGACGAAUGCAUGAAGAAAAUCCGCGACCUGGGCUCACUACCAUCGGACGCAUUUGAGAAAUAUCAAAACUUGACGUUAAAACAACUCUUCAAGAAACUCGACCAAGCUAACAACGAGCUGAAGAAGUAUUCCCAUGUAAAUAAGAAAGCUCUUGACCAAUUUGUUAGUUUCUCUGAACAGAAAGAGAAGCUGAUGAAACGUAAAGAGGAACUAGAUCGGGCGGGACACUCAAUCCGAGAGCUGAUGAGCGUGCUCGAACAGCGCAAGUACGAAGCUAUCCAGUUCACCUUUAAACAGGUGUCGAAGUAUUUUACCGAAGUCUUUAAGAAGCUUGUACCUCAGGGCCAUGCCAAUUUGACGAUGCGAACGGACAAAGACAAGGACCGGGACGAAGAAGAACAUGCGGACGAGGAGGGCGGCGGAGCUGAUAACUUCACUGGGGUCGGUAUUCGAGUGUCGUUCGUUGGGAAAAACUCCGAAAUGAAGGAAAUGCAGCAGCUUUCUGGCGGUCAAAAAUCGCUGGUGGCGCUAACGUUAAUCUUCGCCAUUCAAAAGUGUGACCCAGCCCCCUUCUACCUCUUUGACGAAAUCGACCAGGCGCUUGACGCUCAACAUCGACGCGCUAUUGCUGAAAUGAUACAUGAACUCUGCAGCGACGCCCAAUUCAUUACGACCACAUUCCGGCCUGAGCUGUUGGUGAACGCCGACAAAUUCUACGGAGUGAAAUUCCGUAAUAAGGUUUCACAUAUCGAAUGCGUGACACGAGAUGAGGCUCGAGAUUUUGUUGAAGAUGACACAACUCACGGUUAAUAUGGUACUAGCAACAUCGGCAACUACACACAAGCAAAAUAAAGAAACAGUAAAAAUAAUCAUGGGAAAAAACAGACGGCAGGCCACUUUAUACAAAAAUGACAUCGUGCUCUGUAGGCCCUUGGUCGUUUGGGUCGGUCGAUGAGGAACUUUUUGGGAAGAGACGUUAUGGCAAGUGUCACCAUUUGUCCACCAGGAGAUAAAAAUUGUAUAAAAAUGAGAAAGAAUCGAAAGAUGUCACCCGUCAUUGCAUUAUAGCGUGUCUGUGUAUGUAUGAUUCGCAAAGCAUGAUCCGAACGCGAGAUGACACUCAUCAAUCGUUUUUGUUAAAUUCAAUAUGUACAUUGUUAGGUAGCACAGUGAAUCGUAUGGGUUAGAGGCGAAAAGCGACAAAGUCAAGGUGGUCUCAAGCGGUCGAUGAUGGCGCUAUCGGUACUGCGGGCCCUGAGAGUAGCGAGCAUGACCUGGGUGGGAUAGGAUUAUAUUGAAUAAAUAUGGUAUUGGUUAAUCAUAAUUGCAAAGACCUCUAAAAAGUAAAAUAUAGUUGUGAGAGGUUAAACUGUAAUUAACUGUGGAAAAUUGUAUUCUACGUACAACGUACAUGUUUGGUAAAAAAUGAAAAACGCCACAUAAGAAGGGUGGGUUACAAAGUGAAAGGGUGUGUAUAUGCGUAAAUAAACAUAAUGAGAGAGUAUGUAUUGAUUAGUACA